AUGGCAAAAAAUAAAAGAAACGCUCAUAAAUCGUUGUUAUUCAUCGUAAUCGUCUCCACUACUCACCUGACUGUUGAUUGUAUUCUAGCGUCGGGCGGUGAAGCCGGCGAGGAGACGGAGGCGGCGUGGCCCGCGUCCGCCCGCGGGCGGGAACAGCUCGCUCAGGCUUGCUGCGUGUGGCUCGAGCGCCUCCGCGACUCCCCGCGCGCGAGCCAGCCGUGCCCCGCGACACCACACCGCGAGCCGAGCCCCGCCAGCAGUGUGCAGGACGCGCCUCACACACCCGCCGUCAGCGCCGACCCACAACCCUACACCUGCGACACUUGCGGACAACAAUUUAGUUUUAAGUCUCGUUUAUCCAUACACGUAUUAACAACACACAAGAAAUCUUUUUCUUGCGGAUGUUGUUCGGAAAAGUUUUCCAAUUAUGUUGAUUAUUGUCGGCACAGAAAAACUCACAAGGAGUUUAUUUGUGACAUAUGUAAAAAGGUACUGUCGCGUUACCAUGCAUUAGUUAUCCAUAAACGUACACAUACUGGAGAAAAACCUUAUUUGUGUAAAUAUUGCGACAAGCGGUUUGCACAUGUAGCUGCUUUAAAUGCACAUAUGCCUCGGCACACCGGAAUAAAAAAAUAUAAUUGUGAAAUAUGUAACGAGAACUUUACGAACUUUUACACAUUAAAGAGACAUAAUCAACGAAAACACACUGGAGAAAAGCCAUUCAGUUGUGAAGAAUGUCACAAGGGAUUCAGCACUAUGGAUUAUUUAAAAGUACAUGAACGAAUUCACUUGAAAGAGAAACCCUACGCCUGCGAAGUCUGUGGUAAGCGGUUUAUACGAAUGUGUUUUCUGAAUACGCAUAAAGAAAUACAUACAAAUCGACAGAGAUCUUUUUCUUGUAAAGUGUGUAAUAAGAAGUACCUAAGUAAGGAUCAUUUACGAAAACAUUCCUUAGUUCACACAAGGCCUGACGCCUUCGCCUGCGGUCUAUGUCCCAAGCGGUUUCAUGAGAAUUAUCUCUUGGAAUGGCACAUGCGCAUUCAUAAUGGACAAAGACCGUAUUCUUGUAAAAUUUGUUCUAAAAACUUUGUUCUAUUACGUCAUCUGAGAUACCAUGAACGGAAAUAUCACGAAAAGAAAGUCUAUAUCUGUGAUUAUUGUAAUAAGCAGAUUUUUAGCAAGACAAAUCUAAUCUCGCAUAUAAAAUUACACAUGGGGCAAAGAGAUUAUGCUUGUGAAACAUGUCCUAAAAAGUUCGCAAGCCCACACUAUUUACAGAAUCACAAAAAGAUUCACUCAUCGGUCAUGUCAUACACUUGUGACAUAUGCCAUCAGCAGUAUCGACAUAAGCAGAAUUUGAUCUGGCACAUCAGGUUACAUACGGGUGAGAGACCCUAUUCUUGCGAUUUUUGUAGCAAAAAGUUCGUGUCUGCCUCGCUUAGGAAUAUUCACGAAAAAACUCACAUGGGCCUUUAUGUAAAGCGCCGCCGCGCCGGCGGUCGCGCGGACGAUCAUUUGUGACACUUUUCUAACGGUCCUCAGACUUGAUUAAUUGAUUAUGAUUAUGAUAUUAGAUAGGUAGAUAAAAUUUGAUCCCAUAAUAUGAUCAUGGCUGAUGACAACCAAGAACUUGACAGAAGGACGCAAGAGCACAUUUUGACGGACAACAGCUGAUGGUCAUAUUUUCGGCUUCUUGUAAACGGUCGACAGAAAUCUCGACAACCAACUUCACUGCUCGAUACUGACAACAUACAAACCUUGAACAUAUUCGAUGGGGCUGGUUGUUAUAAAAUGUUAUAUAACAUUAUGUGACAGGGACAACAUAAUAAAACAUUAUCAAUGAUAGAAUGUAGUCCCUAUAAAUGUUAUACUAUAAAACGAUGUCUUAUAACAUUUUAUAA